AUGAACCCCCCAAAGGUCGACCGAGACGGCACGCCGCCCUUCACCUUACACAUUUCAUUUAUCACACCACGCCUUCCAAGGCAUCGACCACCCCCCACCCCCCUCUCUCUCACCCUCCACACCUGGGUAAACAGCACCCUCUCCGAACUCUCCCACAACAUCCUCACCACCCUACCCCCCUCCUCAUCCGUCCUCCCCACCCCCGCUAUCGGCACCCGUCUUGCCUUCGCCCUCGCCCCUAUCGACCGAGACGACAAUGGCAGUCCGCGACCUGCACCGCCCAAGGUUAUGGGUACGGUUCUCCUAGGUAGGGGACUACUAGUCAAACCUAGUGCCGGAUCUGGAGAAGGUGGUGUAAACCCAGGGCAGCAGGAGGAGGAGGACGGGGGGGAUGAUGGAGAACCGGAUGACGGUGAGGUAGCAUUAUUCGCGACGACUCUCAUGCCCGGCGAUGAUGUGUAUUGCCUGGUAUUUCCGCCUGAUGAGGUCACGGGGGAGGUGGUGUCUGUUGCGAGCAGUACGCGGAUUCUAAGGGAGGCUAUGGAGGAGGAGAGUAGACGGCGGGAUGGGCGUGGGUUUGCGGCGGCGCCGACGGCACCGGGGGGCCGGUAUGGGGAUAGUUUUGGAAGGGGGGGGGGUUUGGGGGGGGUUUUGGGGGGGGGGGGGGGGGGGGGGUGGAGGGAGGAUGGGCCGUGGAGUGGUGGUGGUGGUGGUGGUGGUGGUGGUGGUGGUGGGGGAAGGUUUGGGAGGCGAAGGGGGGAGAUUGGGGGGAGUGUGAGGAUACCGGAGGGGGAUUGGAGACGGGGAGAUCGGUUGCCGGAGGAGGGUUUUGAUGCGGGUCGAAGGUGGUAG